UAAACAUAUUUUUCUGUCCUUGCUCAUUGCUCAUUGGCCCAAACACCAAAACCUUAAACUUCUCGAUCAGCACAAUAAACCGCUUUGAGUCCAACAAAAACCACUUUUAAUUAAUUCCACAAACCAUUUUCUUCCCGUUUUAGUUUCAACAUCCCCUCUCCUAAUAAUCCUCCAAUUCAGCUCAUUGACAUACAAAGAAGAGAUUAAAAUAUUGCAAGAACCCUAGCUAGUAGAAUCAAAGAUGGGAAGAGGAAAGAUUGUGAUUCGAAGGAUUGAGAAUUUGACAAGCCGUCAAGUGACUUUCUCAAAGAGAAGAAAAGGGUUGAUGAAGAAAGCUAAAGAACUAUCCAUUCUUUGUGAUGCACAAGUUGGAUUGAUUUUGUUCUCCUCUACUCACAAGCUUUAUGACUAUGCAAGUUCAAGCAUGCAGUCAGUCAUCGAGCGCUAUAACAAGUUAGUAGAGGACCAUCAUCAAGCAAUGGAUCCUACUUUGGAACUCAAGUUUUGGCAAAGAGAAGCAGCAAGCUUGAGGCAACAAUUGCAGCACUUGAAUGAUAGCCAAAGGCAAUUGAUGGGCCAAGAACUAUCUGGUUUAGAUUUAAAUGAGCUGCAGCAUCUAGAAAGUCAAUUGGAGAUGAGUUUGAAAAGCAUCCGCACGAGAAAGGGUCUAAUUUUUAGUGAUGAGAUCAAUGAAUUACUCAAAAAGGGAAGCCUUAGUAGUCAAGAAAAUGAAGAUCUUCAUAAGAAGAUAGACCUCAUUGGUGAGAAAAAUGCAGAACUAGAGAAGGUUAUUGGAGUAAGGCGUAGGGAAUAUGCAACAUCCAAUGCCUCACACAGUACUAUCAGCUAUGGACAUGAUAUGCAUGAUGAAUCAAUCAGUCUCCAGCUGAGGCAGCCACAACCGCGACAGUGAACCAAAUAUGGGGUAUUCCCUCAAAAUGAGGAUGUAAAAACUAAAACAUUAGAACUAUAAAUAUGUUCAUUUUUAAUUUCAUUGUUACUAAAAACUAAUGAGCUAUAAUGUCUGCAUUACUAGAGUAGAUGAUCACAGCUGCAGAUAUACUCGAUUUGGUUUAUCGUGUCUGUCUCAUAAGCUGUCAACAGAUUAAAUUAGUUGCCAAAAUCAAAGCUUC